GCGGAGACCCGGGCGGAGCAGGCGGCACCGCGCCGCGGCCAGAGGCGCCUGCAGCAGCUGCCCUCGUCCCCGCCGCCACCGCCUCUCCAGUCAGCUUCUGUGAUUUCCCACGCCAGCUGCUGGAAAGGAGCGAGGAGGAGGAGGAGGAGAGAAACUCCCACCGACCCACAGAGGCCUCUUUGGAUUGGCAUUUUCAAACCACCCGCCUAAUAUUUGGAAUUGAACCUGUGUGUCCUUGUUCCUGUCACUACCUACUUCAAAGGCAGAAACUCUCUCAACUUUAAUGCUUGUGCACCAAGCAUAUCCACGGAGUGUUUGAUCAGCAUGAAAAACACCCAGGGAGCAUGACUUCAGCAACAUCACCUAUCAUUUUAAAAUGGGAUCCCAAAAGUUUGGAAAUUCGGACACUCACAGUGGAAAGGCUGUUGGAGCCACUUGUUACACAGGUGACGACUCUUGUGAACACAAGCAACAAAGGUCCAUCUGGCAAAAAGAAAGGGAGGUCAAAGAAAGCGCAUGUCCUGGCAGCUUCGGUGGAGCAAGCCACUCAGAACUUCCUGGAAAAGGGUGAGCAGAUCGCCAAGGAGAGCCAAGAUCUCAAGGAGGAGUUGGUGGCGGCUGUUGAGGAUGUGAGGAAACAAGGAGAGACAAUGAGGAUCGCCUCCUCUGAGUUUGCUGAUGAUCCAUGUUCCUCAGUGAAACGUGGCACCAUGGUGCGGGCGGCAAGAGCUCUGCUAUCUGCAGUCACACGCUUACUCAUCUUGGCAGACAUGGCAGAUGUCAUGAGACUUUUAUCUCAUCUGAAAAUUGUAGAGGAGGCCCUGGAAGCUGUCAAAAAUGCAACAAAUGAACAGGACCUUGCAAAUCGCUUCAAAGAGUUUGGAAAAGAGAUGGUGAAACUUAACUAUGUGGCCGCAAGAAGGCAACAGGAGCUGAAAGACCCUCACUGUAGGGAUGAGAUGGCAGCUGCUCGUGGGGCCCUGAAGAAGAAUGCCACCAUGCUGUACACAGCCUCCCAAGCCUUCCUCCGCCACCCAGAUGUUGCUGCCACAAGAGCCAAUCGAGACUACGUGUUCAAACAAGUCCAGGAGGCCAUAGCCGGCAUUUCCAAUGCCGCUCAAGCUACCUCGCCCACUGACGAAGCCAAAGGCCACACAGGCAUAGGGGAGCUGGCUGCAGCCCUCAAUGAGUUUGACAAUAAGAUUAUCCUGGAUCCCAUGACGUUCAGCGAGGCCAGGUUCCGGCCAUCCCUGGAGGAGAGGCUGGAGAGCAUCAUUAGCGGCGCAGCACUCAUGGCGGACUCGUCCUGCACGCGGGAUGACCGGCGGGAGCGCAUAGUGGCUGAGUGCAAUGCAGUGCGCCAGGCACUCCAGGACCUGCUCAGCGAGUACAUGAAUAACACUGGGAGGAAAGAAAAAGGGGAUCCCCUAAACAUUGCAAUUGACAAGAUGACGAAGAAAACCAGAGACCUAAGGAGACAGCUUCGGAAGGCUGUCAUGGAUCACAUAUCAGACUCUUUCUUGGAAACCAAUGUCCCUUUGCUGGUUCUCAUAGAGGCUGCAAAGAGCGGGAAUGAGAAGGAGGUAAAGGAAUAUGCCCAGGUCUUCCGUGAGCAUGCCAACAAGCUGGUGGAGGUUGCCAAUUUGGCCUGUUCCAUCUCAAACAAUGAGGAGGGGGUGAAAUUAGUCCGGAUGGCAGCCACUCAGAUUGACAGCUUGUGUCCCCAGGUCAUCAAUGCUGCUCUCACACUGGCUGCUCGGCCACAGAGCAAAGUUGCUCAAGAUAACAUGGAUGUCUUCAAAGACCAGUGGGAGAAGCAGGUUCGAGUGCUGACUGAGGCUGUGGAUGACAUCACCUCGGUGGAUGACUUCCUCUCUGUUUCAGAGAAUCACAUCUUGGAGGAUGUGAACAAGUGUGUGAUCGCCCUGCAAGAAGGGGAUGUGGAUACUCUGGACCGCACAGCAGGGGCCAUCCGGGGUCGGGCAGCUCGAGUCAUCCACAUUAUCAAUGCUGAGAUGGAGAACUAUGAAGCUGGGGUUUACACUGAGAAGGUGCUAGAAGCCACAAAGUUGCUUUCAGAGACAGUGAUGCCACGCUUUGCUGAACAAGUUGAGGUUGCCAUCGAAGCCCUGAGUGCCAACGUCCCUCAACCGUUUGAAGAGAAUGAGUUUAUUGAUGCCUCUCGCCUGGUGUAUGAUGGAGUUCGUGAUAUCAGAAAGGCUGUGCUGAUGAUCAGGACCCCAGAAGAACUGGAGGAUGAUUCUGACUUUGAGCAGGAGGACUAUGAUGUGCGGAGUCGAACGAGCGUUCAGACUGAGGAUGACCAGCUCAUUGCAGGGCAAAGUGCUCGGGCCAUCAUGGCACAACUACCACAAGAAGAGAAGGCAAAAAUAGCUGAGCAGGUGGAGAUAUUCCACCAAGAGAAAAGCAAGCUGGAUGCUGAGGUGGCAAAGUGGGAUGAUAGUGGCAAUGAUAUCAUUGUCCUAGCCAAGCAGAUGUGUAUGAUCAUGAUGGAAAUGACAGACUUCACCAGAGGCAAAGGCCCACUUAAAAAUACCUCUGAUGUCAUUAAUGCUGCUAAGAAGAUUGCUGAAGCAGGCUCUCGAAUGGACAAAUUAGCCCGUGCUGUGGCUGAUCAGUGUCCUGACUCAGCAUGUAAGCAGGAUUUACUAGCCUACCUUCAGCGAAUUGCCUUGUAUUGUCAUCAGCUUAAUAUCUGCAGUAAGGUGAAGGCAGAAGUUCAGAACCUGGGAGGAGAGCUCAUUGUAUCAGGGACAGGAGUUCAGAACACUUUCACUACCUUUUAUGAGGUAGAUUGUGAUGUCAUAGAUGGGGGCAGGGCUAGUCAACUUUCUACCCACCUCCCAACCUGUGCUGAGGGAGCUCCGAUCGGGAGUGGAAGCAGUGAUUCCUCCAUGCUGGACAGUGCUACAUCACUUAUCCAGGCAGCCAAAAACCUGAUGAAUGCUGUUGUCCUUACGGUGAAAGCAUCUUAUGUGGCCUCAACUAAAUACCAGAAGGUCUAUGGGACAGCAGCUGUCAACUCCCCAGUUGUGUCUUGGAAGAUGAAGGCUCCAGAGAAAAAACCCCUUGUGAAGAGAGAAAAGCCCGAAGAAUUCCAGACCCGAGUUAGGCGAGGUUCUCAGAAGAAACACAUUUCACCUGUGCAGGCUCUAAGUGAAUUCAAAGCAAUGGAUUCCUUCUAGGACAUUAGGCUUUAGCAAGAAAGCUUUUUCUUUCUGUUUGCUUUUAUUUUAUUUUUUUCUUUUUCAUUUUGAUUCCAUUUUUGUAUGCAUACCUGCCAACUUGUAUGCCUCUGGCAUGGGGAAAUUAAGGGACAAGUGUUUAUUUGCAUGUAAGAUGAGAUGAGAUCAAAACUACUGAUCCAUCAGUAGUAGCCUGAGGAGUUCACAGGAGAUUCCUGUCCUAAGGUGGUGCUCAGUUGUCCUUUGCAACAUUCUCUGAAAGUUGGGCAAAGAGUUGGAAUUGCAAUGUUUAAGGGAGUGGGAGGGAUGGGGAAAUAAACUUAACUCUGCAAAAGCAAAUUCUCAUGCAUGCAAGAAUCAUUAGGUUGGCAGGUAGAUUCCUAAGUGAGAAACCUGGAAGUGUAAUGGUAGAAUAUAAAACUUGUAUUGCUUCUGUUUCAGUGCAAAACUGUGCCAGCCAAUAUGCUUAAAUGUGUGGCCCACAAAUUGAACAACCGAACUUUGAUGUCCUAUCCAUGAUACAUUAUAUGGAUUUUUGUUUUAAUUGAGGAGAAACUAGUACAGCCUAAAAUGUUUUUUUUCAAUCUGCAUUUUGUUCUCUCUUCUACUUCUGCCAUUACUAGUGCUCAUGUUAUCAUUUCUCCCCUUUUACUGAAAAUGAUAAUUAUUUAUUGGAAACAACUAAAUCUUUCCGCAGGCCCUGGAAUCAUAAUGUGGAGAUCACCCCUUCUUCCCUCCUUUCUUUUUUUCUUUUAAAAUUUAAACUCUGCUUUUGUUAGAAAUAGAAGGCCCAGUGGUGGAGUAUUAGAGGAAUGGAAACUAACAAUGUGUGAAGGUUUAGAGGCAAAUACAUAGGAGUGUAGUUUGGAGUGCUGGUAUCUAAUAUACCAUUGUAUUCACUAACUCAAAAUAAACACAUUUAAUCUUGA